CUUUUAGGCGGUUUCUCAAUUAAAUAAUUUUUGUUACUUUAGAUCUCACAAAAAUAUUAUUUAGAUAUUCGCAUCUCUAAAAUAUUAAUCCAUUUGGCGAGAUCCAAGAAACUUUCAAUAAUUUUAAUAAGCUUAUCUGUAAAUAAUGAAGAACUUACAAUGCAUAUAAUAUAUGCUUGAGGAACACUUAAAAUGCAGUUAAGAGAAACACCUAACAUGCCAUGCCAUGUGCGAACCGCGAAUCAAGUAUCUAUUAAUCAAAAUUUGUAUUAGGGCACACUUACCAUGGUGAUUGCUGGUGGAUUGAUUAAAGCAUCAUUAUUGAAAGUUUUUCAAGUUGUUUUUUUUUUUAAUUUCGUUUGAAAUAUUUUUAAAUGCCUUUUUAUUCUUUGAUUAAUCAAUAUAAAAUUUAAUUAAAAAAUACAUAUUAAUAUAAUUUGUAUUUAUAUUUUUGUCGAUCAACUUACCAUACCGUCAAGGCGUCAAUAAUAAUGUUUUGAACUAGUUCAAGUAUUUCGUUCGGAUAAAUCUGUCAGUGUGUCAGUGCUUAUCUGCAUCUCCAAAAAAAAUUAGCCAUGCAUGUCGCGAGAACCGAUUCCUUUCAAUAAGCUUAAUAAUGCAUAUAAUAUAUCCAGGAGGAAACACCUAAACACGCAGUUGAAAAAGGAACAACUAAACGUGCCAUGUGCAGACUGCGAAUCAACCAUUGACUACCAAUCAAUAUUUGUAUUAGAUUUCGAUAGCUAUCAACGGGGUUGGGUAGCUAAGUAAUUAUUUAAAUUAACCACAAGGUGGAAGUCGGACUUUGGGAACAUACAUAAUCUCUUAUUCGUUAAUCAACGGUCCAAAACCAGGCUUAAAAACUUAUCUCCCCAUAUGCCAACACAUUAAAGAAGCGUUCGUAGCAAAAAUAUAAAUAAAAUUAAAGAUGCGUGUAAGAAAAGUGGAGUAAGCAAAAAUAUUUUCAAAGAUAAGAUAGGCAUCUUCUCAAAUAUCAAUGUACUUGCUCGUUCAAAAGUAAAUUAAUAUUUAAAACCCCUAAGGUGGAUGUGCAUGUAUACCCACCCAUCCAUGUAUAAAUAUCGAUCACAUGAACUCAUAUUCUUUUCAUCCUUUAACAUUUAAAUCUAAACAAUUAUAUAAACUCAAAUAAGGAUGAAGCUAAUGUUUUACUUCCUUCUUGCCUUGACUGCUAUUUUUGCCGCCACCGCAAACGCUGGUGGACCAGUUCUCGACGCUGAUGGUGAUAUCAUAUUCAACGGCAGUUACUACGUUCUCCCCCUCGUCUGGGGCCCUGCAGGUGGCGGCCUGACUCUCACCUCUGGUGAUUACAAGAAAUGUCCCCUCUAUAUUGGGCAGGACUCUUCAGAGGUCAACAUGGGCAUUCCAAUAAAAUUCUCAAACUGGAAGUCUAAAGUUGGCUUCGUUCCCGAAUCAGAGAGCCUCAGCAUCGAGAUGGACACCAAAGCUACGAUCUGCGGUCAGUCAACUUACUGGUGGGUCGCUGCGCCAGACAUGCCCAAAAUGUUGUUCGUAACGGCUGGUCCUAAUCCUAAAGAACAUGUGGAAGAUUCACGGAGGAGUUUCUUCCAGAUCAAGAAAGCUGAAGACUUUCGUAUCGGUUAUAAGAUUGUGUUUUGUCCUCAAGAUAAUUAUUGCAUGGAUGUCGGGAUACAUGAGGACGACAAUCAUGGUAUUCGGCGUUUGGCUUUAAGCUCUGAGCCAUUCUCAGUUCGGUUUGUGAAAGCUUAUGGGACAGAAAUUUCGUACAAGACUAUGUCUAUUAUCUAAGAAAAUUAAAGACUACUAAAUUAAGAGGAUAAGAGUUACCACUUACAACUAAUAAUAAAACUCUAUAUGUGUUCUUUGUUCAUUAGUGAUCAUAUGUAGAUGGAAUAAAAAAAUCUUGUUUUUCUUCUUCUUUUAAUUCUCUCUGUUUUAAGAUUCACAUAACUUGAAA